CUAAGUCUUUGCAGAGACUUCUGGAUUUGAAUUUUGUUUGACGUGUGAAUCGGAUCUAAUUGGGUUUACCCUGUUCAUCUUCUAAUCACUCUUGGCAUAUUGUAUUACAUUCAGGGCUAUAAUGGAACUUGGAUGCUUCUCCCUCCAGUCUCUCCUCCUCUCCCUGGGUCUGGUAAUACUUGGACUAACCCACGGGGAGGGUCUAGGUCCUACAAAGCGCCCCCUUCCCGGGCAUGAUGAGAGGGGCACAUGCAGGGAGUGCUGUGAGAGGGGGCUACCGGGACAACAGGGGAACCCUGGUUACCCAGGAGUGCAAGGACCAGCUGGAUUACCAGGUAACCAUGGGAACAAUGGCAACAACGGCCCUUCAGGAGUCCAGGGGCCGAAGGGAGAUGCAGGACCAACGGGCUUGACUGGGAGCCACGGAAGCAAAGGGGACCAGGGACCAAUAGGACUACCCGGAAAGAGAGGGCAAGCAGGAGACCCCGGUAUACCAGGGGCCCCUGGCAAGCCUAAUGGUGCGGUCAACUCACAGGCACUGGGGCCCAGGGGUCCACGUGGGCAACCUGGCACGAGGGGCCCUAAGGGGGAGCCUGGCCAGGGCAACCGUAAUUCCCAUGCACUGGGGCGGUGGUCCGCUUUCUCCUUCGGCAGCACGAACGUUGUCACCGCGUCGACCCACGACGACCGCAUCUUGGAGUUCAACCAUGAAUUUGUGAAUAUCGGCGAUGAUUUUGAUCCAGAAAGGAGCGUUUUCACUUGUCAUAUCAAUGGAACCUACUACUUUGUCAUGCAUGCGAACAAAUGGUCGAACUCACGCAACCUCUACAUUAAAUUGAUGAAAAAUGGAGAUAUGGUGACUGCAAUUUAUGAGGACGCGGGAUACGAUUAUUAUGAUGGAAUCAGUAACAGUCUGCUGCUGCAUCUUAGGCGAGGUGAUCGGGUGUGGCUACAGCUUCAUAGCAACAACGAAGUUUACGGAGGAUUGGCAAAAAUGACAACAUUUUCUGGAUGGUUGGUUAGAGAGGAUUGAUGUCAUGGUAAAUUUGCAGAACAUUCAAUGAGAACAGUCUAAUGUGCUGGAUGAUAUGAAAACUUUGCGUAACUCAUUGCAUUCAAGAUCAAAUCUAUAGAAUGAGAAGGUCACGAGGAGACUAAGUUUAUUGCCUCACUUCAUGUUCAAGUGCAAAAAAUGUGGCUGCCAUGCAGUUUUUUCUUACAGUAAAUAGAAUCACAUCACCUCAAUCUCAUGUUUUCAUUUCCAUGUCUGCCUGACUGUACACGAUCACUGCAUCAUGGAUUGGUUUCAAUGGCAACAAAUAUUGUGCAGUAAUUAUUGUGCUUCUUUAAUCCUUUGCUUACAGGAACUAGGUAAUCCCUGUAUUACGCCCAUGGGGAUGAGUUAAUGCAGUAGUCAACUGAUUAAAAUUUUUGCUAACACUGGCAGACAUAAAUAGAAGUAUUUAUAAAGCCUUGGAAGUCAGCCAAACUGACAAUAGAGUGAGAUUGCCCAAGAUUUAUCUGCCACGUA